CUUCCCGUCCUCAUUGGCUGACGCUAGGGUGAGGUCAUGACAAGAUUGGUGGUGGUGCCCGUGUUUUUGAGAGUCAGCGUAACUUUCUCACUGUCCGACGGCUGUUAGGAUGUAUACGUGCCAAUUAACCACGUUUUAUUAUUGAACGAUUAAGUUUGUUUUACUCUUUCAGUGGAUUCUUUCCCCCUUUCCGACCCAGAAACACAGGCUUCUUUCCUCAACCUGCCGUUUUUGGAUCAUUCAUCCGCGAGGACCAUUCAAUUUUGAGGAGCGUAACAGAAUGUAUCCAUAAGCCUGGAUAGGACGAAAACACUUGCAUAGAAUAGGUGUAGCUUCAACCCGCGAUGGCCACCGCCUCCUCCCUCCUGCGGCACCCUGGGACCCUCCUGCUGGCGGUGACGUGCUGCUUCCUGCCCCACUACGUCUCCUCCCUCAACCUGGAGGACCCUAACGUCUGCAGCCACUGGGAGAGUUACUCGGUCACCGUCCAGGAGUCCUACGCCCACCCCUUCGAUCAGGUUUACUACACCAGCUGCACCGACAUCCUCAACUGGUUCAAGUGCACGAGGCACAGGGUGAGCUACCGGACGGCCUACCGCCGCGGAGACAAGACCAUGUACCGGCGCAAGUCCCAGUGUUGCCCUGGCUUCUAUGAGAGCAAGGAGACGUGUGUCCCCCACUGCUCGGAGAAGUGUGUUCACGGCCGUUGUGUGGCCCCCAGCACCUGCCAGUGUGAGCCAGGCUGGGGGGGCCCUGACUGCUCCAGUGCUUGUGACAGCAACCACUGGGGUCCCCACUGCAGCAACCGCUGCCAGUGUAAGAACAGCGCGCUGUGUAACCCCAUCACGGGCGCCUGCAUCUGCCAGUCCGGCUACCGCGGUUGGCGCUGCGAGGAGAUCUGCGGAGCCGGUAGCUACGGAACCGGGUGCCAGCAGAAGUGCCUGUGCCAGAACGGAGCUGCGUGCCACCACGUGACCGGAGAGUGCAAGUGCUCGCCCGGAUACACCGGAGCUUUCUGUGAGGACCGGUGCCCCCCGGGGAAACACGGCCAGCAGUGCGAGGAGAGGUGUCCCUGUCAGAACGGAGGGGUGUGUCACCAUGUCACCGGGGAGUGCUCCUGCCCUGCUGCGUGGAUGGGGACGGUGUGUGGCCAGCCAUGCCCGGAGGGACGCUUCGGCAGGAACUGCUCCCAGGAGUGCCAGUGUCACCACGGCGGAAAGUGUUCCUCUUCCACGGGCCAGUGUCUGUGUAGUCCAGGCUACACAGGGGAGCGGUGCCAGGAGGAGUGUCCGGUGGGUUCGUUCGGGGUGUCCUGCCGCCAGACCUGCCGCUGUGAGAACGGGGCCAAGUGCUACCACAUUAGCGGCGCAUGCCUGUGUGAACAGGGGUACACCGGGGAGAUGUGCGAGGUGCGCCUCUGUCCUGAGGGACACUACGGCCUCAGGUGUGACAGGAAGUGUCCCUGCCACACCCAGAACACACGCAGCUGUCACCCCAUGUCUGGUGAAUGCUUGUGCCAGCCCGGUUGGUCGGGGACCUACUGUAACGAGACGUGCACGCCCGGCUUCUUCGGCGAGUCAUGCCACCAGGUGUGCCACUGCCAGAAUGGCGCCGACUGCCACAGCGUAACCGGGGAGUGUGUCUGCGCCCCCGGCUUCAAGGGGUCAAACUGCUCCACAGCCUGUCCGUCAGGAACUUAUGGGGUGAACUGCUCUUCUACCUGUGGCUGUAAGAACGGAGCCCUGUGCUCUUCCGUGGAUGGAGCCUGCUCCUGUAAAGCAGGCUGGCAUGGAGUGGACUGCUCCAUCAACUGCCCAAGUGGAACGUGGGGGCUGGGCUGCAACCUCACCUGCACGUGUGGCAACGGAGGGGCCUGCAAUGCUCUUAACGGCCGCUGCACCUGUGCACCCGGCUGGAGGGGCGAGAGGUGUGACCUCCACUGCCAGGAUGGCACCUAUGGCAUGGACUGUCGGGAGCGUUGUGACUGUAGCCAUGCAGAUGGGUGCCACCCCUCCACGGGGCACUGUCGCUGCCUUGCUGGAUGGACAGGGAUCCACUGUGACAGUGUGUGUGCCGAAGGACGCUGGGGUCCAAACUGUUCACUACCCUGCAACUGUAAGAAUGGGGCCUCCUGUUCUCCUGACGAGGGCACCUGUGAAUGUGCACCUGGAUUUCGGGGAACCACUUGUCAACGCAUCUGUUCUCCCGGUUACUUCGGCCACCGCUGCAGCCAGGCCUGCCCCCAGUGUGUCCACAGUAACGGACCCUGUCACCACGUCUCAGGCCAGUGUGACUGCCUACCAGGAUUCAAGGGGGCCCUCUGCAACGAAGUGUGUCCCAGUGGAAGGUUUGGGAAAAACUGUGCUUGGGGGUGCACAUGUACCAACAACGGCACUUGUAACCCAAUCGACGGCUCGUGCCAGUGUUACCCCGGCUGGAUUGGCAGCGACUGUUCCCAACCUUGUCCCCCUGGACAGUGGGGACCCAACUGCAUCCACACGUGUAACUGUCACAACGGGGCCUACUGCAGCGCCUACGACGGGGAGUGCAAGUGCACGCCGGGCUGGACCGGCCUCUACUGCACUCAGCGCUGUCCGUUGGGCUUCUACGGUAAGGACUGUUCCCAGACCUGCCAGUGUAGGAACGGUGCCGACUGUGACCACAUCUCUGGCCAGUGUACCUGCCGGACGGGCUUCAUGGGACGCCACUGUGAGCAAAAAUGCCCCCCGGGUUCCUAUGGUUACGGCUGUCGCCAGGUUUGCGACUGCCUCAACAACUCGACCUGUGACCACAUGACAGGCACCUGCUACUGCAACCCUGGCUGGAAGGGGGCACGCUGUGACCAAGCCGGCGUGGUGAUCGUGAGCAACCCCAACAGCCUGACCAGCACCGCCAUACCCGUGGACUCCUACCAGAUCGGCGCCAUUGCCGGCAUCAUUGUCCUGGUGUUGCUGGUGCUGUCUCUGCUCCUCCUCUUCGUCGUCUACAGGAAGAAGCAGAAGGGCAAGGAGCCCGCCAUGCCCGCCGUCACCUACACGCCCGCCAUGCGCGUCGCCGCUGACUACGCCAUCGCCGAUGCAGCACACCCGCCAACCAGUCAGACACCAGGACACCCCAACACCAGCUACUUCUCCAACCCUAGUUACCACACGCUGACCCAGUGCAACGGACCCCCGCAUGUCAACAACCUGGCGUACGGAAAGGCUAAGAACAACCACUUUGUUAACCUGAAGAACGUGGACCAGAGGAAGAGGCCUCCAAUACUGGACCACACUGGAACUCUGCCUGCUGACUGGAAACAAGGAGGCUGCUUCAACGAGCUGGGAGCUUAUGGAGUUGACCGACGAUACAUGGGAAAAUCCCUGCGAGACUUGGUGAAGGGAACGUCCUAUCACGAAAGCUCCUGCUCCCUCAACAGCUCGGAGAAUCCCUACGCCACCAUCAAGGACCCGCCUCUGCUGAUGCCCAAAGUGGAGUGUGGCUACGUCGAGAUGAAAUCGCCUGCGCGGCGAGACUCACCCUACGCGGAGAUCAACAACACCGGCCCCACCAACAAGAACGUCUAUGAAGUUGAGCCAACUGUCAACACCAUCCACACACCUGGCAGCAACAACGGUCAUGGCCCGUUUGCCCAGGACCCAUACGACCUCCCGAAAAACAGCCACAUCCCCUGUCAUUAUGAUCUCCUGCCAAUGCGUGACAGCCCACCAUCGCCCCACAAUGAACUAGACAGUGAAUGAUCUCCAAGAGAAUCGCCCCUUGAGGAGUUAGACAGUGAAUAAGCUCUCAGAGACUCAACAAUGCCCCUCUUUUGCUGGCAUACCAUACGCUCAUUCUCUGAAUAUUCCUCCUUGCAGUUUUACUCGUUGUUUCCUUGCAGUUUUUUUUUUUUACUAUCACUAUAAUCAUUCUUAAUCACUUUUUGAGGGGAGGGGAGUGAGAAGAACUCUUCUGUUGCCUCAAGUGUCACAUUCACAAAUGUCUUUAGUAUCAGCCUAGACAUGACUGUUAUUUGUGAAAAGUUGUGAUACUUCGAGGUGCUUGAGUAAUAUUGAUAAACAGCUUUUUACCGCCUUUCCUAGGAACAAUGGUGUUUUCUGUUAGUCAUUCAACUCACCCGGGGAUUCAUAUCACUUGCCUUUUAUAGUGUACAAAUACAAAACAAACCUCAAUUUAUUUUUGUAAUGAUGAAAGUGAACUUUAACAGUAUUAGAAUCAGCUAAUUAAACUGGUUAACAGUAUAUUAGCAUAGUUUGUUCUUACAUAUUUUAGUUUUUUUUGUUUUGUUAUUAGUACUGUAUAAUUGAGUCUUGUUUUGUUUUGACAAUGUUACUGUUAUUGUUGUUGACAAAUCUUAAUCUUAUUUAGUAUGACUUAAAUACUAAAGUUAACCAAAGUUGAAGUGCCAUAGUAAAUCUUGUGAUUCUGUGGUGAAUUAAGAGCAAAUAGCUGAAUUUUUGCUGCCUUUCAAUCCCUCAGUAUGAAGUCUGUUGGAGGUCUGUUACUGUAAGCGGUUAGUGCUUUGUGUCAGUUACCAUUGUGAGAACAAGUUUAAAUGUUAUGCCAUAAUACUUUCACAACACAAGAAUGACCUCCUGGGUGAACACAACUGACUCCAAAGCACGGGAGAGUUCCAUUACAGCAUUACGACUGUUCAUAUGGAAAAAAGGAGUUGGGCUCUAUUACUGGUCAUGAAGGCAUGUUGAAGGAUGAUCACUAAAAUAGCUGAAUUACUUAAUGCUUGUAAUUAGAUCAGAUGAGGUGAGGUCAUUAGCAACCUGUGAACUAGUG